AAAUAUUGAAGAGAGAAGCGAGAGUUGUAUGGCAGAAAUACCAGAAAGAAAGAAGCGAAGAAUGGGAGAGAGAAGAGAAGCAGGUACCAAGAAACCGGCAACAACAACAACGAAGUGGCCACUCAUCAAACCCAAAAGAAACCUUCAGAUCACUCGCCUCAAAGAUACGGAUCUCUUUACUGUGCAGAAUUUCUUCACAUCCGCUGAAUCAAAGGCAUUUAUUAACGCUGCUGAGUCUAUCGGUUUUGUCCACCAAGGGAGCCUUGGUCCAACGAAAGGUGAAGCUUAUAGAGAUAAUGAUCGAAUCUCUGUGAAUGAUCCUGUUCUUGCAGAAACAAUAUGGGAGUCUGGACUGCACAAACUGUUUUCCGAUAUUAAAAUUCGAGGAAAGGUUGCUGUGGGCUUAAAUCCAAAUAUCAGGCUAUACAGGUAUAAGGCUGGGCAGCGCUUUGGACGACAUAUUGACGGAAGCGUUGAUCUUGGAGAGGGAAAGUGCACCCAUUAUACUUUGUUAAUAUAUCUGAGUGGCGAUUUUAAACCCAAGGCCAAAAAUGACCUGAGCAGCCCCAAGGAUUCUUCCUCACAGCCUCUAGUUGGAGGAGAGACUGUCUUUUAUGGUUCGAGGAAUGCUGUUGUUGCUGAGGUGGCUCCUACUGAAGGGAUGGCUCUCCUACACAUUCAUGGGGAUAAGUGUAUGUUACACGAAGCCCGUAAUGUUACUAAGGGUGUUAAGUAUGUCUUCCGUUCGGAUGUUGCAUUUGCCUGAUGAGUGUAGUCAUCUUAGAUUAAGUAGGGUUGGUAAAUUUCUGAGUUGAAGGCAGUAUCUCAUAACUUCGCUUUCUCUCUCUUAUUGAUCAUCUUUUGUAACACCUCUCUUUUUGUAAUUGAUUUGGUGCUCUGAAUACAAAUUUAGUUUUUGACUGAAUGAUAUGCUGUAACCCCUGUGAUA